AUGGGAAACAGAACCCGAGUCGAAGGAGGAUCUAUCAGUGCCAAUGUGCCUCUCCGAUGCCCCGAGCACGAUGAUGAAACCGUCGUUGACCACCAGGGUCCAGAUGGCAUCUCCAUUCAGCUCAAUGGCUUCACAAGGGACUUCGAAGUGAGCAUAUCGUCGGACCGGGACGAGACAACCGAGAGACCAUUGGAGAAUCCGUGGUUCGACCUGUACCGCCAUCCCAAGACGCAGUCCACCGUGCCGCGAGAAGGGCGAAAUGAUUCCAAAAAUCGUACAAUGUCUACAGUUUGGGGUUGUCCUGUACGAGCUCGCAGUGUGGAAGCCGAUUCAUAUCGUGUUCGGGCUGGAUCGGAAGCAACGGCCCAGGGCUCCGGCGGCGAAGGGUGUCAAGACACAACUUCUAUCCCACAAGGCAUAUCCACACUUAAAUCAGAGGCUGGUGACGUGUUUGCGGGCAUUGUCAAGUUUUGUCCAUCUGCUGAGGCGGUUGACGACCAGACUUUGCAGCUGGAGUUUUGGGAGAACGUGGUGACGGUAUUUGACGGUAUCUUGGUAUAG